UCGCGCAAAGGUGGUUGUGUUUCCUCUUGGUUGCGGCGCGGGAGAUUGGCGAAGGCGAUCGCCCCAGAAUUUAAGUGGCGACGGAUAUUUUCGGAGGUGUUUUACUAAUUUGCUGGUUGAAGGUGUGAAGUGCAUGUGUGUGUUUUGUUGAUAAAUAUUUUGUAUUCGACUAAAGUGACAGGAUUCUCGGUGGCAACUUACAGGUGGAUCUUUGGGAUAGUCAAGUGCAAUCAAACCCACCCGCCCUCAAUUACCAGCACCACCACGGACUGUCGGGGGUCAAAGAAAAGUGAUUGUUGUGUUGAAUAUUGAUGGAACAUUUGACAAACCCAUACUAAUUAAUUAGUGUAUAUCCAUAGAGUUAUUACAAAGAUUAUUAUUAAAAUUGUCCAUAUUUGAGUAAAAAGUUUUAACGAGCAAGCAAGUUGUUUGGCGAUCGAAAAGUGCCACGCUGGUAGUGCGUCCGGAAUUGUUUGUUAAUUAAUUUAUAGUAUCAAAAAUUAAGACGCCAGUGCGGAUUCUAGCAUGCUCAUGCUGAAGUGCGGCGAGUCGGUAAUGAUCGGUCCUUAAAUCCGGACUGGGGAAGAUGCCGGACGGCGUAUAAUCAAAGAGAGUCUAUAGAUCGCGGAACAAAACGAAGCGGGAGUGCAUGGGGGGCCAAGAACUUGGCAAUUUAGUUCUAAGCGAAAGUUGUGUGUGUGUCCAAAAGCUCUAAUUCCCGUCAUUGUGAUAAAUAAUCCGUUUGUCCAAACUCAACUCCUCGUCUGGAUCAGACAAUUUGGAACCAGCAAGUGAAUCCGGUGUGGUUAGAAGGAAAGUGUGAUCUUCGACACCUGGAGGUUGUCCGUACAAAACACAACUGCCUGUUAGUCACAAAUGCGCUCGGUGGACCAAAUGGCGACAUCCCACAUCCUGUCCGCCAUUGAUCCUCUGAUGACGGGCUCGACCAACGGCAGCCCCGGCGGUGCACCCAACAACAGUAUGUCACAUUCCAAUGCAAGUAGCGCUGGCGGUGGUGGAGCCAGCCAUGGGCGGGGCGGAGCCAGCGAACGCAAUCUCUCCGUCACUCUGGACGAUCGUGAUCUGUGGCUGCGGUUUCAAAAUCUCACCAACGAGAUGAUUGUCACCAAGAAUGGGAGGCGCAUGUUCCCAGUGGUAAAAGUGACCGCCACCGGUUUGGACCCGACCGCGAUGUACACCGUCUUGUUGGAAUUUUCCCAGGUGGAUUCGCACCGCUGGAAAUACGUAAACGGGGAAUGGGUUGCAGGUGGUAAAGCAGAAGCACCCCCACCAAAUCCUGUUUACGUUCACCCGGAAUCGCCCAACUUUGGUCAGCACUGGAUGAAAGAGCCAAUCUCGUUUGCCAAGGUCAAACUAACCAACAAAACCAACGGCAAUGGCCAAAUCAUGUUGAAUUCUCUACACAAGUAUGAACCACGUGUGCAUUUGGUUCAAGUGAUUUCUGAGCAACGCGAGCAGAGAAAUGUCCACACUUACCCAUUCCCUGAAACGCAAUUCAUCGCUGUUACAGCCUAUCAGAACGAAGAGGUGACCUCGCUGAAGAUCAAAUACAACCCGUUUGCGAAGGCUUUUUUGGACGCUAAAGAACGACCUGACUCGGUGUACUCGCGAGAAAAUUCCACAUACGGAUGGUUGAACUUCCAUCCAUCCUACGCAACCGCCCAAUCUCCACUUCCGACAGCAGAGCGCUAUCAACACACUGCAAUGAGGACAAAUCGAGUGGCACCUUAUACCACCCAGCGCUCGAGAAGUACCAGUGGAAGUACGUCACCUCAAUCGACAACAUAUCUUCCGCUGGAGCCCGUCGCUACGUCUGUUUUUCAGUCGUAUCCCACCGCAUGGCAAGCGCAGCCUACCGCUUCCGGCGGAUCCUAUUGGUCCAACUCGAACACAAACCCCGGAAGUCCGAACUCAAUAGCGCCAAAUAUCUCACCAACCCCAUCCAAUGGUUCUCCCGGCUAUGCGACAUCGUCGCCCACAUAUUCAACUCAUCAUCUGGCACCGCAUAGCAGUCAGUACACACCCACCUCGACAACGUCCGUAUCAACUGGGGCCCAGAUAGAUGUCUACCAGCCUAGUGUUUCUCCGCAGCAAAUUUAUGCCUCGGCGGGUCAUCAGAUUUACCAUCCAACUCCGACGGUCUCGCCAAAUCAUCAGCUGUACGGAAAUGUGUUGAAUCCACCCACGAUAACAAACAUCGGAUACUCAACCUCUUGGCACAGUGCGAGUGAUUACACUGUCUAUCAAGGCGCUUACCACUACCCAACGGCUGAGUACAUCCCUAUGAUCGGGGACAUUGGCAAUUACAACCAUCCGACGGAAAUCACCGAACUGACGUCCGUUCCCACGUCCCACCAUCAUCGCCAUGAAACAGCAGCGGCAUCGUCACCGGUUCCAAUUCAGUACCAUACCGGCCACCACCACCACCAUCAUCCAUCGUCUGUAGACAGUGGGUCUCUUGUGGCCGGCGGACUAACAAGCCAUCAUCAUUGUGCGGACAAUCACUCUCCGGAACCCAAUCAUCCCGGCAAUGCAGGGCUUUCAUCUUCAUCUCCCGGAUUGGGUGGUGCAGCAGUGGUAUCUCAAAGCCCCGUAAGAGGCUCACCGUCAGGAGCAUGGACCCCGCUCACACCACCCCAGACUACCCACAUCUAGGUUUAGUGUGGAAAUUGUUGUUGCUUACACUGAGGAAACUGUUCUGAAUAUAUGUAUUUAAGAAGUUAAAUUGGUUGAGUUAAACCUUUCAAAAUGUCAAAGUAGCGCGAAUAAGGAGAUUGUUUUUCAAUCUGAUAGUUUAAUAGAAUAGAAUAAUUGCAGCAAUGAAGGUCACAUUUUUGUUGCUGAUAUGAUGCUAGAU